AUGCAAGCCAUCCAUUUUCAAAAUAUCUAGCAUAAUUUCAAAUAUCUUAAAAAUUUGAGACUAAAAACCCAAUUACUCAUUUUAAUUAGCUUUUAGAUUAUUUUCAUCAUGACAUUCCUGGUUUUCAGCAAUUACAUCCACACAGCCUUUAUAUAGUUAUUUUUUGCCGAGUCCUCUCAAUAAAUUUACCUCAAAACCUCGAAUUCAUUGCUCAAAACUUAAUUAAAUGAAUAUAAUUCAUACUUCACUUCAUUGUUUCAUACUAGUAAUAAAAUGUAUAUUUAUAAUUAGAUGGACAAACACUGAUAUCAUUCUUCUAACUUUACACAUAUCUUAGAAAUAAAACAUAGACACAUCUGGAUCCUCUAAAUCCUAAGUUUAACAUGAAUUAUGGAGGUGUUAAUGGCAAAAUUCCUAAAUCUAUUUAAUCAAAUAGAAUCGGCGCUUACAACACCACUAUCUCCUGUAUAUGCUAUACUAACAAAUCCAAAUUUCACCAACCUUAUACUCAUGAAGAAUUAAUUAACAUUAAAACUCAGGAAUCGAUGCAGAGUUUUGGCAUGGUUAUUUUCCAGGGUAAAACCACUUUGUAAUCGUUUCUCUAUGGGUAUGUCUAAAGAGAUAACAUUUUAAUGACUUAUCCAUGUUUACAAAGACACGACAUUGCUAACUAUAUUCCUGAAAAUAGAACUUGGUAUAUGGAAGCCAAAAGAAACUUUUAAGCCCAUAAAAUUUAUGAUAAAUACAAUUUUUCGAUAACUUACCCUUACUUACGUAAGUAAUAUUAAAAUGAAUUUAGUGUUUAAGUCAACAAGCGUAGGGUUAUCUAUGGCGAUACCAUUUGUUGAUAGGAAUCUCUCUUUCAUUGGAACUGGUGCUUUUGAUUUGAUUCCAUCCAGUUUAUUAAAAGAAGUCACUCAAUAAUUUGGCAGGGAUUUCACUUCUAUAUUUCUUGCAUCCUUAGACGGAAUACUGAUUAUGCAUCCUUUCAAUAUAACCUCUGAUAAAAUACCACUUUAUUUCUACAAUCAAUCUAUUACUGGGUUUAGCUUAUCAGAUUGGUAAGGAUUGUCUGAUCCUUCAUUCAAAUCAAAUUGCCAGAAUUAAACAACAACCAUGAAUUUUAAGUGUCUUUAUAACUCAUUUUAUAAUUAAGAUAUGUUCGUAAGUUAAUAAAUAUUGCAUGAGUUUAAUAUGUCUGUCAUCGUGUAAAUUAUCUAUUUAUAUUUUAGAUUGGUUAGCAGUUCAGAAUUUAAUAAGUUUUCUGAUGAAUUCAAUUCUAAUUUGCACUCAAAAUUAAAUAUUACAUUUUAGAAUUCAUUAAUUGAACAAGCAAGUCUAUUUGUUUUCCUUAGUUUUCUCAUUUACUUCAUGAUUUCUUAUUUAUUCUAUCCAAUAGAAUUAAUCAUUAAUGCAGCCAUGAAUUAAAUCUAAAAGAAAAAGUACCAAAACAAAAAUUUGAAUACGAUAUUGCAAUCGCUAUUAAGUGUUUAGAUUUUAGACCUCUAUAGAUCAUGUUAACAUUUUAAUAAACUAUUUGAAAGGUUCUCCUUCAAUAAAACUGAAUAGUGUUAAAAAAUUGAAAAUCUAUAAUAUCCUUAAAAAAUAGAAGAAAUUAAAUUGUGUUCUUUUGUAGAUCCUAAGAAAUUAAGAAAACUAGAGGUAUAAUUCCUUUUUAACAAUAGUUUAAAUUACAAAAUCAAUAAAAUGAAAAUUUUAAUUUAGUGAAAUCGUUUAUCAGAUAAGCUUAUUUUUAACUACGACUCAAGUGA